CCCCCAAAUUCAAAAUCCCGCCUUUGCCUUCUCCUAGAACCCUAACUACAAGUCUCUGCAACGGGCAGCUUUGUCAAUGGCGAAACCGAGUCAGUCGACUCGGCAUCUCGGAACGCUCGUUGAUGUGACUCGAUAUUCGACUCAUCAGUCUACAAGUAUGAAAGCCCUUGCUGCUUCUUCGGAUAAGACCCUGUCUAAGAAACAAUCGGCAAGGGAGAGGGAGCUAUAUUCUACGGCUACACAUAAUGUUGUUCGAGGACGAGCUAAUGAAUCGAGGCGAACGGAAGAAGAAUGUGAUGAUGGCGAUGGUUGUUCAUUGGAUCUACUCUUCCUUGUACAUUCUGAUCUCUCGACUGUAUUGCGUCAGAUUGAUGAACUCGUUGUGCAAGCCACCAAUCUUAGGACCGUGAGCAAACACGGGACAGCAGAAAUCGAAUCUUUCAGAUGUGUCCUGUCUGAUAUGCUUACUUCUCUAAAGCCCUGGGUUCCUCGAUUACACAAAGCAAUAUCCGACACUUCCUUACAGGCUGAAGAUCGGAAGGAACUAUCUCUCAUGAGCAGUAGUUGUGCACAUCUGAGUGAAGAAGAACUACUGGAAGUUGAGAGCCCUGAGCAUACUAAGUUUGAUUCGUUGAUCUCCCCCUCUCCUCUUGUGUCAUGGCGAGGUGACCUUAAUAUCGAUAAGGGUAAACAACUCUUCGUGUUGACACCACUUGCGGUAGGCAAGAAUCAAUCUUCCAAAUAUCAAAAAUCAUCUAAACCGAUGACUGAAAGGAUGACAUUGGAUGCUGCUUCACAACUGCAAAUUGAUGUCUACAAGGAAACAGGGGCUGAUGUUGUAAGAGGCGAGUGUACGAAAGCAGGACUUAUUAAUUCUGUAAGCCAUGCCACGGAUCUCAAUGAAAACUUGGUAGAGAUUGUGCCUGUGUCUUCGCCAGUUUACAGGAGAAAAGCUCAGUCUGAACUUCUUAUGACCCCUUGCUUGAAGAUGUCACCCCCUAAAUCUUGCACAAUGCUUGACCCUGCUUCUAGGUCUCCCCAUCAAGCAAAACAACAGGCUUGUAAGUCCACCCAUCCUGACUUCGGAACCAGUCAUUCUACUGGAUCCCACAGCUCUGGAUCUGGUUAUUGUGGGAAUUCAGACGAUCUAGCUUUGAAAUAUCCCGAGCUUUUGGGAAUACAGCAUGCUCAAAUAAGUAGAAAAACAGAUGCUGAAUCUUCACCAAACUGGUUGUUUUCUCCUCCUAAGACAUGCAUUAUGUUGGAGCCUGUGGAUGAAAAAGCAGAGGAUGAAGCUGGUGAUGCCAUCGAUAUGCUAGACGUGUGCGCUUGUCCAGAUAACAGAGAAGAAUUUCUACCGGGCACAAAAAACAUCAAAGAACAUGAGAGAAAUAGUUCAGUGAUUGUCGAGAGCACACCAAUGUGCAAAGGAUUUCAAAGCACAAUAGGGAAAAACAGACGAGCGGGUGAGAGUACUCUGAAGAGGGAGCUUUGGACAAGGUUUGAGGCGGCAACCACUCAGGGAAUUCCAUAUAACUCUACAGUGGUGCGAGGAACUUCCAAGAAAGGGUUUUUAGAAAUGCUAGAGGAAGUAUCAGGCAACGAGGAGACUUCAUAGCCCAUCGUGCAAUAAAAUGACUGGUACCAUACAUUCUAUUUUGUCCGAGCUUUUCGUUUGUAAGAAAAAAAAGGUAUGCAUUCUUCGCUGUAUGUGUCAUAUGCUAAUGUACUCAACCUAUUGUUGUCUCAGUCACGACUCAAACGUGUUACGUGCUUCUUUAUUGUCCCCAAAGCACAGAUCAGAAGAGAUGAUGUGUAAAAAGUUCAAAAGAAGUAUUAACUCUUUAUUA